CCCGGAAGUUGCUGCAGAGCGCUCACGAGCUAGUCGCUCACCGCGGAGAUCCGGAGCGGCUGCGUUUGCGGAGCCGUCACCAUGCCUCUGGCUAGAGACCUAUUACACCCUUCCUUGGAAGAGGAAAAAAAAAAACAUAAGAAGAAACGGCUGGUGCAGAGCCCAAAUUCUUAUUUCAUGGACGUGAAAUGUCCAGGCUGCUACAUUAUUACUACGGUUUUCAGCCACGCUCAGACAGUGGUUCUUUGUGUAGGCUGUUCAACAGUGCUGUGCCAGCCCACAGGAGGAAAAGCCAGGCUCACAGAAGGCUCUUCGUUUAGAAGAAAGCAGCACUGAUCAUGGACGAGUUCCUGAGUCUGUGCUCUUCACAGAAAGCCUUAUCAAGUUCAGUUACUCUACCAAGACACUGUAAUUACCUUUGAUUUUAUAAAGUAUACAACAAUGAUCUCCUAUUUUGGUGUCAGUUUUUCAAUAAAGUUUUAAUUAUGAACAAAACAAAACAAAACAAAA